CACUCUUCCUCGGGAGCAGAAGGAAGCUUCGCGCUCGCACCUUCUCUCUGUUUAUCCAUCUCUCUUUCUCCGUCCAUCGCUCCAUGGGGCGGAUUUAACAAAGAGCUGUUUUAUUUUUUUUUUACCUCUUUUUUUCUCAUUUAACCGGGAGGAUUUUUUUAUCCCUCUUUUCUUCUCUCUCCGCGUCUGUUCUUCAUGGUGGAUGCGGAGCCGCUUUUCACACCGAGAUGCAACAGAUAACGAGCUUCUCACUUCUCCUCCACCUUCACGCGCUCUUCUGGGGAUGUGCGCUCGCGGGAGCUCCCAGUGUGCAGAUAGGUGGCCUGUUCCCCAGAGGAGCAGAUCAGGAGUACAGUGCCUUCAGGGUCGGUAUGGUUCAGUUCUCCACACCCGAGUUCCGUCUCACUCCUCACAUCGACAAUCUGGAGGUGACCAACAGUUUUGCUGUCACCAACUGCUUCUGUUCACAGUUCUCACGAGGAGUUUAUGCCAUUUUUGGAUUCUACGAUAAGAAGUCUGUGAACACGAUCACGUCAUUCUGCGGAACGCUACACGUCUCCUUCAUCACUCCGAGUUUUCCUCUGGAUGGAACACAGCAGUUCAUCCUGCAGAUGAGGCCCGACAUUAAAGGACCUUUACUGAGCCUCAUCGAGUACUACAAGUGGGACAAAUUUGCGUAUCUGUACGACAGCGACCGAGGACUGACGACUCUGCAGGUGGUGCUGGACACGGCAGCCGAAAGGAAGUGGCAGGUGACGGCUAUAAACGUAGGCAACAUGAAGGACGACAAGAAAGACGAGGCGUAUCGUUCACUCUUUCAGGAUUUGGAGAACAAGAAGGAGAGGAGAGUCAUCCUGGACUGUGAACAGGAGAAAGUCAAAGACAUCAUGGAGCAGAUCAUAACCAUUGGGAGGCACGUUAAAGGAUAUCACUACAUCAUAGCGAACCUGGGCUUUGUAGAUGGAGACCUGUCCAAAAUUCAGUACGGCGGUGCAAACGUGUCGGGAUUCCAGAUCGUGGAUUUUGAAGAUCCUCUAGUGUCCAAAUUUGACCAGCGCUGGGAAGCUCUGGAAGAAAAGGAAUAUCCAGGAGCUGACAGCAAGAUCAGGUACACUUCAGCACUGACGUUUGACGCCGUGCAGGUGAUGACGGAAGCAUUUCGCUACCUGCACAAGCAGAGGAUCGACAUCUCACGCAGGGCUAAUAACGGAGAUUGUCUGGCUAAUCCGGCCGUGCCGUGGGCUCAGGGUGUGGAGAUUGAACGUGCGCUGAAACAGGUGCGUGUUGAAGGUCUUACCGGAAACAUUCAGUUCGAUCAGUAUGGCAGAAGAGUGAAUUACACCAUCCACGUCAUGGAGCUGAAGAACAAUGGUCCUGUGAAGAUUGGUUACUGGAACGAAAUGGACAAGAUGGCUGUCACCAAAUCGGACCUUUUCCCCAAUGACACGAUGGGUCUGGAGAACAAGACGGUGAUAGUCACCACUAUUCUGGAAGCACCGUAUGUGAUGCUGAAGAAGAACGCAGACCUUUUUAUGGACAACGACAGGUAUGAGGGCUACUGUGUGGACCUGGCUGCUGAAAUCGCCAAACACUGCGGCUUUAAAUAUCGACUGAAAAUAGUGGGAGACGGAAAAUACGGAGCCCGAGACGCAGAGACGAAGAUCUGGAACGGGAUGGUGGGAGAGCUGGUUUAUGGGAAAGCUGACAUCGCCGUAGCUCCGUUGACCAUCACGCUGGUCAGAGAGGAAGUGAUUGACUUCUCCAAGCCCUUCAUGAGCCUGGGCAUCUCCAUCAUGAUCAAAAAGCCUCAGAAGUCCAAGCCGGGCGUGUUCUCCUUCCUGGACCCUCUGGCAUAUGAGAUCUGGAUGUGUAUCGUGUUCGCCUACAUCGGUGUGAGCGUGGUGCUCUUCCUGGUCAGCCGUUUCAGCCCAUACGAAUGGCACACGGAGGAAUACGAGGACGGACAGAUCCAGACCAGCGAGUCUACCAAUGAAUUUGGGAUAUUUAACAGCCUCUGGUUCUCGCUUGGAGCCUUUAUGAGACAAGGAUGUGAUAUUUCGCCAAGGUCUCUCUCAGGUCGUAUCGUGGGUGGCGUUUGGUGGUUCUUCACCCUCAUCAUCAUCUCUUCGUACACGGCCAACCUGGCUGCCUUUCUCACCGUAGAGAGGAUGGUGUCGCCCAUUGAGAGCGCUGAGGAUCUGGCCAAACAGACCGAGAUCGCUUACGGGACGCUGGAUUCUGGAUCCACCAAAGAGUUUUUUAUGCGCUCUAAAAUCGCUCUCUUUGAGAAGAUGUGGGCGUACAUGCGCAGCGCUGAGCCGUCCGUCUUUGUGAAAACCACGGCAGAGGGAGUGGUUCGAGUGCGCAAGUCGAAAGGGAAGUACGCCUACCUGCUGGAGUCCACCAUGAACGAGUACAUCGAGCAGCGAAAGCCCUGCGACACCAUGAAGGUCGGCGGGAACCUCGACUCCAAGGGCUACGGCAUCGCCACGCCCAAAGGAUCCUCAUUAAGAAAUGCGGUUAACCUCGCAGUUCUAAAACUGAAUGAGCAAGGCCUGUUGGACAAAUUGAAAAACAAAUGGUGGUACGACAAAGGCGAGUGCGGCAGCGGGGGAGGUGAUUCCAAGGAAAAGACGAGUGCUCUCAGCCUGAGCAACGUGGCCGGUGUGUUCUACAUCCUGGUGGGCGGUUUGGGCCUGGCCAUGCUGGUGGCUCUGGUCGAGUUCUGUUACAAGUCGCGCGCUGAGGCCAAGCGCAUGAAGGUGACCUUUUCAGAUGCGAUGAGGAAUAAGGCGAGGUUAUCUGUCACCGGGAGCACAGGGGAGAACGGCCGUGUUAUGAGUCCCGAGUUCCCUAAAGGCGUCCACCCUGUGCCCUACGUAGGGCCCGACGUUGGCAUGAACGUCAGCUUAACUGACCUUUCAUGAGGGAAAUCCCCCCGCCGAGUGCCUUAAAAUGGUUUAUCCCUUACUUUUCCUCUCUUCUUCAGUCUAUCUCUCUGUUUCUCCUUCACUUUCUCUAUUUAUAUCCCGGAUGAGAGACAGAGGCCAUGUUUUAAUAUCGAAAAGACAUUUGUGCCACACGUACACCUUUCACGGUGACAUCAUUGCCUCUAAAAACACGCCUAAAGAGGUGAUGAGGUCACUUCCCCUGGUCACGGAUGGGUUUUUGGACGAGCGUGAAAUUAGGAGCAUCAGUGCGUUUCAUCUAGACGUGUGCCGAUGAUUAUUUGUACGACGCACAAUGCCAUCAUGUUAUCACCUGUGAAUUCUGUCACAAUCCCUAGAUAGGCUGCCUUUCUAGGCAGCACUUGAGUUCGAAUAAGGUAUCGUUCUAUAUGAAUGUUUUUUUUUUUUUUUAAAUUAUAAAAUAUUAAGUUUUAAUUCCAAUAAAGUCCAUAUUAAAACGUUAGACAAAUGUCGUGGUAUGACUUUUUAAAGACGUGAAUAUCGGCACACGCCUAGUUUGUCGUCCGUGUUUGCUCGAGCACAUUACAUACUUUUAUUAAUAAAAGAAUAAAAAUACACUAAAAAAUUUUCUAUGUAUUUUCACAUAAAAUGCUUUUAAAUAAAUCUGCUUACAUACCAGUUACGUCUAUAACAACUUACACAUCAUAAUCUCUGUGUCCUUUUCGAGCUCAGCUCUUAGUUUCAUACUUUUUAAAAAAGCCAAAUCUAUUGCUUACGUAAUUUAUUAGUGGUAUAAUCUUAACAUCUCGGUGUUUCUAUGGAGAUAUCUAGCAACGCUUGACUUUUUGCAAUCGGUUUUGAUAGUGGUGCCGUAGAAACGUUUAUGUUGAUCUAAAUCUUACUCUUAAUCUCAUGUUUUUUUCGUAUUUUCCUCAAUAAUCAGGUAGCAGUUAUGUUAUCUUAUGUUACAUGUUUAAAAAAAAUGAAGAAAAAAAACGACGUUUACAAAAUGAAUGCAAGAAAAAGGAAAAAAAAAAUGAGAACAUUAAUGUAUUAUCGCCUAAUGUUUUGCUGUGAACUCAGUAGACGUAUUACACAUCGACACACUCGUCUGUUUCGAAUGCCAAUAAAGUGAGUGUGCGAAAUUUAUUCCUGAAUAUAGUUGGAAUAUAAUCUGUCCUCGUUGUGAAUGUAGUCAAUACAUUCUCUACGUUUCUGUAACUCUGUACCGUUUGAUGGCCGACGCAGUGAUUCAAAUAUUCUAACAAAUUAUUUCUUUUUAAAUAAUUCCUUUUUUUUUUCGUUUGUUUCAUAUUUGAUUGAUUUACACCAAUUGAACGAUCCAAAGCCCCCACGAUCCGAAGCACACAUGAUGGUCCAGGUAGAAAAACAGAGCGUAGACUUCUUUAGUCAUAAACCUGAAACAUAAACAACAAUAAAUUACCUCAAGAAAUAAAACAGGUAAAAGAAAAUCCAGAAGUACAAUUAAAGCAGAUUACACUGUUAUAUUACCUUCUAUCUGCUUUCUUAUUGGUUAUUGAAACGCUUCAGGGAAAAGCUGUGCUCUGAUUGGUUACAAAGACAUUGACUGUGGUCCCAGAGAUCAGAUACUAGAUUACACUGGAUUUGAAUUUAAUCUACUGUUGCCUGAGUGGUUCCAGUGAAAUUGGGGCGGGACUAUGAUUUAAUUGGUUGUAGUGGCAUUAAGGGUGUGGACUGUGUUCUGAUUGGUUAGAGUUGCAGAUUUGGUGCAGCUGUAAUGUCAUUGUUUUGAUUGGUUACAGUGUCAUUAAAUGGCAUGACUGGUUACUGUAACAUUCUGGGUGUAAACUGUGAUCUGAUUGGCUGAUUGGCUACAGACACAUUUUCAGAAGAAACUGUCCUCAUGGUGACUAGCAACAGUUGGAGGGCCAGAAAAAGACAGGGCUUUGGAUUGGUCAGUUUCAUGUUACAUCAUCACAUGAAAUUAGAUUCAUUUCAGUUUUUUACCCGAAUACCUUUAUUUAUUUGUACCAUAUAGAUACUUAGGUUAAAGAGUAGAAUUAUAUACAUUUACAGUAGGUCUGAUUCUCAAUUU